CUGAACUGCUCCGCCAAAUGUUUAAGAGCUACUUCGGAGAUGCUGCAAUCAGACAAACGGAAAGUCACGCCCUCCGGCCCCUGGGUGGGAUAAUUUGUCCUGUUUAAAGACCUGGAGAAUCGGCGAGGGGAUGUCACUUGUUGCUGGACUGACUCACUGACUGGCUCAGCAGUGAAAUAAUGGAAACUGCAUUUUACUGUGUCCGGGCCAAAGUCACACAGACCUGCCACUGCUGCAGGGGGAGGCAAGCAGAGACAGGGAACUCCGGGCAGGCUCAGAGUUCCCCGGCGUUAUGGAGACCUUGGGUUGUCACAGCCAGAGACACGGAAAAGCGCAAGCGAAGCUCGCUGGACUCAGUUCCUGACGGUUCAGAGAGCAGGCAAUCCUUGGGAUUUAAACACCCCGUCAGGCUAUACCUGCCUAGAUCUAAGGCUGACCAUUACCUGCACCUCAUGGGAGAAAAGGUCCUGGCGAGUUUCCCCGUCCAGGCAACAAUGCACUUUUAUAAUGACGACUCGGACACGGAAGAGGAGGAGGAGCAGGAGGAAUUCGUGUCCCUUGACUUGGAAUCGGAAGAUGCUCCGGAAACAGCAGAGAUGUUUUGGAAACAGUGAGCGGAGUCAGCGGCGGAGAUGGAUCGGCUUCAAAGCGGAAAGGAUGUCUUCCGAAAGUGAUAUCAUGACAACAGUCCUGAACCGACUCAACUCUCAGUUCUCUAUCUACAACUGCUGCAAUUGAAAUUAUUAUUUGCAUUUAUCAUUGCAAGGAAAUGACAAUUUGCACUGUUGUGUAUGUGUAUAUAUAUGAAUAUAUUUUCUAGGUUUAUUUUAUUACUGUAAGAAGUUUAAAAAUAAACUUUCAC